UUCUAUUCCUCAGCUUGGGUUGGUUCGGUACAAAUAGCUUUUAUAUUUGUUCUUGGCCCUUUGACAAGUGCAUUGGUGAAUCGACUUGGUUGCCGCUUAACUGCAAUCACAGGUGGAUUAUCGUGUGUCAGUGGCCUCUUACUCUCAUCUCUUGCUUCAAGUAUCUACAUCAUGUAUUUAACUUACAGUGUUUUGUUUGGUUUUGGUAGCAGCUGCCUUUUUGUUUCCUCCUAUGUCAUAAUAUCACAGUACUUUGAAAAGUAUCGAUCUAUAGCAACUGGAAUUUUAGCAUCUGGAACGGGACUGGGUAUUAUUAUUGUUGCACCAAUCCUACAAGCCUUGCUGGACUCCUUUGAUUGGAGAAAGACUUACCGCAUAACUGCUGGGAUCAUUUCAGUUGUUUGUGUUUUGUGCUCGACAUUUGAUCCCACUGUAACAAAUUCGAAGAAAGGAAAAAACCAAACCCUCAAUGGGGAAGAUGAAGACUUAGAAAAUCAAGAUGAGCAGGAAGAAGGAACUACAGAAAAACCAAACGAGUGGAUAGACUUCUCUGUGUUUACGGAGAAGGUGUAUGUCAUUUUGACCCUCUCAUUUACAUUGGCCUCGUUAGGACACCUUGUUCCAAGGUUGCACUUGGUAAGAUUCUGCUAUACGUAGAAGUAAGCUGUUUACACUACCAUCAUCCAGUGGCAGAUCUAGGGGAUGGGCCCAGGGUACCUGGGCCACCCCUUUCCGCAAAAUACUUAUCAGAAUUUUGGAACCCCAUUUUGCAAGGGGUCCUCAUGUAAUAAAGACGUCUGGGGGCCUCUUUAUAUGAGCCCGAUGAUCUGAGCGGGCUGGCGUGGUUACCGAGAUAAAUUUUGUUAUCUGUUGGAGAUAUAUGGGAAAUUUUAGCCUGGUCAACUUGAAUGAACUCCAGAAACAAAACCAAAAUGGUGCAACAUAAAGUUGCAUUGUUCGCAGUUAGCCUAUCAUGGGGGAGCAGGGGUGGCGCAGUGAUGAGAUCGCUCGCCUCCCACCAAUGUGGCCCGGGUUCAAAUCCUGGACUC